CAACACGUCACAUCCCAAAAUUUCAAUCGACGUCGCGUCAAAGAAAACAUCAUCAUCACCGAUCGAUCCCUUCUCAAACCGUUGACGACGACCCCUUUUAUACCCGACCUCGAAAUCUGCAGUUCGCCGUCAUAACGAGCGAAAAAUCUGUCAAAGUACUGCAACAAGCCACCAAGACCCCGAUAAUUCAUCAUAAUGCCCGCCGGUCUCGACAGCCAGCGGCUAGACGCUGUCUUCCAGUCACGGCCAGACAUUCUUCAGGGCAUUAAGAAAGCAGCCGACACUCCCGCCCGCAUCGCUCUUUUUAACAACAUCGCAAACUUCGUCCACGAGCAGAUCAACGGACCAGAACCUGCAUCGAAACGUAGACGGGUAGACGAGGGUCCCACGAACGGAUUCAAAGCGACAAACAAAAACGGCACGACCCCGAACACUGCGCCCAAGAGCACCGGCACCGGCAAUGCGGCCGAUGAAGAGGUACUUCUUGAGAUCAAGGACAUCUCCGUCUCGGUGCCGCAGCGUAAGAAGUACGACUUCUGUUUCACCGCGAACCACCUGUAUGCUCGCGCACCCAACACUACCGCUCCCGUAGAGGGCAUCAUCUACGCAUGGGAAGACAUUGAAUAUGCAUUCUACCUCCCCGUGCCCGAAAAAACCCAGGUGCAGCACAACUAUGUCCUGUUCCCGCGCGGAACCUGCCUUCCUACAAAGAGCUCGCCUGAGAAGGAAGCGCUGGUAUUUACAGUGCCGUCCACACCCCCCAAGCAGGGUACAAUCGGCGGGCCCAGAGCGAGUGCCGCGUCGGCAGUCUCCGAUACUUACCGCGCCCUCUUCGAUUGGGCACUGACGACACAUCUCAGCUCUGCUGGCAACAGGGCCGAGAUCGUUGCGGCGGACCCUAGCAAGUUUCAUAGCCUCGUCCGCCAGCCACACAGGCCCAAUGAGAAAGCGGUGCACGUCAAGGCCUUUCGCGGGUCCAAGGAUGGGUAUCUUUUCUUCCUGCCCAACGGCAUCUUCUACGGCUUCAAGAAGCCCCUCGUCUUUCUGCCCAUUGACCGUAUUGUGGCCUUCAGCUACACGAGCGUCUUGCAGCGCACGUUCAAUAUCGUCGUUGAGGUCUUCACAGAGGGUGACGCGAAGGAGGAAAUCGAAUUUGGUAUGCUAGACCAAGAAGACUACGCUGGCAUCGACGAGUCAUACGUAAAGCGUCACGGACUACAAGAUCGCAGCAUGGCGGAGCAGAGAAAGGCAAAGAUGGAGCUGACGGAGAACUUGAAGGCGAAGAAGGCGGCUGAUGCGGAGGCCGGUGCGAACGGCAAUGUUGAUGACAAUGGCAUGACGGAGCUAGAGAAGGCUCACCUAGAAGCGGAGCAGGUUGCGCAGGAGGAGGAGGACGAGGAUGAAGAGGACUACGAUCCUGGCAGCGAAGGUGAGAGUGAAGGAUCGGGGUCAAGUGACGAUGACGACGAAGACGAUGAUGAUGAGGCUGAAGGGGAUGAGGAUGACGAGAUGGCUGAAGAGUAGAGGUCCCGGGUUGCUUGCAUACAAUGCAUGGAGUUGGGAAUCAGGGCAGAGCACUCGCCUUGACAAGGGGGUUUCAAUGUAACUUGGCCCAUGACCAUACCACGAUGAUUUGCUAUCAAACUGUACGAUAAUGCGACCAUAUCAAGCGCUCCGCAUAGGCACGCUCCGCAUAGGCACGCUCAGCAUCCGCGGACACCGGUUUGGCAGCAAACAUGCCACUGGUUGUGCGCAUGUCAGGCAAGGCCAUAGUCUCACGGACUCUCAAGUCUUAACAAUGUGCACUUUGCGACACACAUACAAACCCUCAUCCACAUGCGUCUUUAGCGCCAGACUCAUCA